AUGCUCCAGGAUCGCAAGCAGGCUACAGCGGCAGCGGCCACCGCUUCAGUACCAGAUGCAUUCGAUCAGCCCUUCUUCCCCGACGAGCCUCAAGGCCCUAUGGUCCGAACAGCCAUUCCUGGACCCAAGAGCAAGGCAGCUAUCAAGCAAUUGGACAAGGUCUUCGACACUUGCAGUUUGAACAUGAUGGGCAACUACCAAGACAGUUUUGGCAACUACAUCGCUGAUCUCGACGGCAACGUCUUGCUUGAUGUCUAUGCCCAGAUUGCUUCCAUUCCUGUUGGCUACUCCAACCCUUCGUUGUUGCUAGCUGCUACUUCAAAGGAGAUGGCAUCCGCAAUCAUUAACAGACCUGCCUUGGGCAACUUCCCUCAACACGAUUGGGCCGAUAUCCUCGAGACUGGUAUUCUUCGUGUUGCUCCCAAGGGUUGCAAUCAAGUCUUUACUGGCCAGUCGGGUAGUGACGCCAACGAGCUGGCUUUUAAGGCUGCUUUCAUGUGGAAGAGAGGACAGGAGCGUGGUGGUCCUGAUGUCGACUUCACCGAGGAAGAAAUGACCUCGUCUAUGAACAACCAAGCCCCUGGCGCUCCUCAGCUCAGCAUCAUGUCCUUCAAGUCUGGUUUCCACGGCCGCAUGUUUGGCUCUCUCUCAACCACCCGCAGUAAACCCAUCCACAAACUCGAUAUCCCUGCUUUCGACUGGCCUCAGGCACCGUUCCCCAUGCUCAAGUAUCCCCUUGAGCAGUAUGCCGAGGAGAAUGCUCAAGAAGAGGCUCGUUGUUUGGAGGAGACAGAGCGUCUGAUCAAGACCUGGCACUUGCCUCCCGCUGCCAUCAUCAUCGAGCCUGUACAAUCCGAAGGUGGUGACAACCACGCCUCGCCAGCCUUCUUCCGUGGGCUUCGCGAAAUCACUCGUAGAAACAACGUCCUGAUGAUUGUCGACGAAGUUCAGACUGGUGUUGGUGCAACUGGCAAGUUCUGGGCCCAUGACCACUGGAACCUCGAGGACCCUCCGGACAUGGUGACUUUCAGCAAGAAGGCACAGACCGCUGGUUACUACUUCGGUAACGAUGCUCUGAGACCCAACAAGCCAUACCGCCAAUUCAACACCUGGAUGGGCGACCCAGCUCGUGCCAUCCUCUUCCGCGCUAUCAUCAACGAGAUUGAGCGUCUCAAUCUGGUUCAGAACACUGCCGAGACUGGAGACUACCUUUAUGCUGGCCUCGAAAGCUUGGCACAGAAGUACCCUGAGGAGAUUCAGAAUCUGCGUGGAAAGGGUCAGGGCACAUUCAUUGCCUGGGAUUCACCACGUCGUGAAGACUUCCUGGCCAAGGCAAAGGGUGUUGGUAUCAACAUCGGUGGCAGUGGUGCCCAGGCCAUCAGAUUGAGACCUAUGCUGAUCUUCCAGAAGAAGCACGCAGACAUCUUGCUUGAGGGCAUUGAGAAGGUCUUCCAAUCAUAA